AUGCCGGUGAAGAGAUCCAGAGACAAUCCUUCAGUUUCUGAUCACACCAUGAUGAGGGGCUCAGCCUGCAUCUCUCAAGCCCCUUCAGGACGAUCGAGAGGAACGAGAUUCCUCCCGGUGUUGCUUCUGACUUUGUUGUUGUUGCCGGUGGCCGUUCAUGGGCAGUUGGUGGGAGGACCUCUGGACUGCCACAAGACCUGCGUGUGUGCCAGCAACAUUGUCAGCUGCUCUAAGAUGAAUUUGUCCAACGUUCCCACCGCGCUUCCUAAAUACACCGCUGUCCUGGACCUCAGCUUCAACUCCAUCAACAAGCUGCGGGCUGAGUGGACGACCGUCAGCCUCAGCAAGCUGCACAGUCUGCUACUGAGCAACAACGGGCUCACCUUCCUUUCCUCCGAGGCGUUCAUCUAUGUGACGAAGCUUCGUUACCUUGAUCUUUCCUCAAACGGGCUCCGCCAGCUGGACGAGUUCAUCUUUGAGCCGCUGGAGCAACUGGAGGUGCUGAUGCUCUACAACAACCGCAUUUCCCAGAUAGAUCGCUCGGCCUUCGCCGGCCUGAACAACCUGGAGAGGCUCUAUCUGAGUCAGAACCAGAUCUCGCGCUUCCCCCUGGAGCUGGUGAAGGAGCGAAGCCGCCUGAAGGCUCUGAGGCUGCUGGACGUCUCCUCCAACCGGAUCAAAGCCAUGCCGCUGGAUGAGCUCCAGGCUUUGCCCGCCUGGAUCAAGAAUGGCCUGUACUUCCACAACAACUCUCUGACCUGCAGCUGUGACCUGUACGACCUGGUGGUCCGCUGGCAGCUCAAGGAGCUCAGCUCCGCCGUGGACUACAAGAGCAGUCACACGUGUGUGAUACCGGGCCGACACCAGCAGAAGGAGAAGGUGGCUAUAACGGAUCUGGACAGGAUGCAUUUGAACUGCAGUGAGGUGAAAGUUCGGGACAAAGAAGCCUAUCUGAACCGGUACCUGGUCCUGGACUGUGACACCAGGCAGAAGGACAUGGAGAAGAGAUGGGUCCUGCCGGGGAACAUCCCACUGUCUCAAGAAAACAAGACCUAUGAGAUGCUGAAGGACGGAACCCUCCGGAUCGGACCGCUGAAAGCCGAAGACUCGGGGGUGUACACCUGCUACGCUUCCAGCGACUCCCUCAAUGAGACCAUUUAUGUAACCGUGGUGGUGUUCAACUCCACCCUGAGCGGAGGGCUGGAGAACAUAAAGACGGCCUACACCACCCUGGCGGGAUGUCUGGUCAGUGUCGUGAUGGUCCUCAUCUACCUCUACCUGACUCCCUGCCGCUGCGCCGGCUGCCCGGGUCAACACUCGGAUAAACUCGCCUCGAGAGACAGUCUCCACUCUUCCAGCGCCAGCCUCUCCAAAGCACAGGAGCCGCCGGGCCCAGAGAGGGUGGAGAGCGGAGGAACCCUGUACAGACACGUGGCUUUCGCCGAUCCCAAAGACCUGCUGGAGCAGAACGGCAGGCUGAAUCCGAUCGGCGAGGAGGACGAGGAGUGUCUGGGAGAGAGAGGAGAGAGGAGGAGGUCUGACGCCGGCUCCGUCAGCUCCGAUACCCCUAUGGUGGUGUGAAAGUCCGCAGCAAGGUAAAGUGAUAGCGGCAUGCUGCUCCUUUGCUCUGAGUCUGAGCAAAACACAAACAA